ACGCUUGAUGCCCCAUAUCUAGGCCUCUUCAAUGGCUCCAACAAUGGCAGAUCCACCAACCUCGUCGUGGCGGUGGAGCUUGACACUAUGCAGACCAAUGAUUUUCGUGAUAUCGAUGGCAACCACGUUGGAAUUGACAUCAACGGGAUGAUAUCUAAUGUGUCAAAAUCAGCAGGGUAUUAUGAUGAUAAUAAUACCUUUCGUAGCUUGAGACUUGCUAGAAGCAAGGCGAUCCGGGUGUGGGUAGAAUAUGAUGGAAAAGUUAAGCAAAUGAAUGUUACAAUGGCUCCCUUGAUGGUUUCUCGCAGGCCUGUAAAGCACAUCUUGUCUUUGUCCUAUGAUCUUUCGAUGGUUUUCCAUGAAACCAUGUCUGUGGGCUUCACAGCCGCCACCGGUGCAGUGGUAUCAACCCAAUAUGUUCUUGGUUGGAGCUUUAAAAUGAACGGUGUGGCUUUAGACCUCGAUCCCUCUAAACUCGCAAAGCUCCCUAGAAUCUGGCCUAAGGGGAGACCAAGAAUCUUGGUUAUUGGGGUGCCAAUAGUUUCAACGGUUUCGUUUGUGGUGAUCUUCUUGGGAAUUGUUUAUUACAUCGGAAGGAAGAGGAAGUUUGCAGAGUUGCUUGAGGAUUGGGAACUGGAGUUUGGACCUCACAGGUUUAAGUACAAGGAUUUGUACUAUGCUACCAAGGGGUUUUCAGAGAAGGAGUUAUUGGGAUCAGUGGGAUUUGGGAUGGUGUACCGAGGGGUGUUGAAGUCUUCUAAUGUGGAAAUCGUAGUGAAGAAGGUGUCUCAUGGAUCCAGGCAGGGGAUGAGGGAAUUCGUGGCGGAGAUCGUAAGCAUUGGCCGAUUGCGCCAUAGAAACUUAGUGCCACUUUUAGGGUAUUGCAGGCGCAAAGGUGAGCUCAUCUUGGUGUACGAGUAUAUGCCUUAUGGAAGCCUAGACAAGGUUAUGUUCGACAACCCAAAACCCGUCACCCUUGGUUGGAACCAAAGGUUUGGUGUGAUCAAAGGCGUGGCGUCGGGGCUGCUCUACCUCCACGAGGAGUGGGAGAAGCUCGUGAUCCACAGAGACGUUAAGGCCAGCAAUGUGUUGCUAGAUGGGGAACUUAAUGGGAGACUAGGCGAUUUUGGUCUGGCAAGACUGUAUGAUCAUGGAACCGACCCUCAAACCACUCAUUUAGUCGGGACGAUAGGGUAUCUUGCCCCGGAGCAAACAAGGGCCGGCAAGGCCACAACGUGCACGGAUGUGUAUGCUUUCGGGGCAUUCUUGCUUGAAGUUGUGUGCGGGAGAAGGCCACUCGAUACCCAACUCGAAGAAGACAAUGAUCUCAUCCUCGUUGAUCGCGUGUUUUCUUACUGGUGUAGAGGUGAAAUUCUGAAAAUUGUGGAUUCAAAUUUGGGCGGAUUAUGUUGUAGGAGGAGUGGAGCUAGUUUUGAAGCUUGGUCUUCUUUGCUGUCAAUACGAGCCAAAGUGUCGGCCCAGUAUGCGGCAGGCUGUGCUCUAUUUGCAGGGAGCUCUGCCUUUACCAGACCUCUCAUUGCUAAGAAUAAUAUAAUUUCCAGUGCAUGAUUUUGAUUCAUUCUUAGCAAGUUUUCAGUCUUUAAUUUUCUUCCCAAACGAAUAAGUAAGCAUUUUUCAUGAUCUUUCUACUAUGCCAAAA